UGUGGGAGGUUUGGGGGCUGGAGCUGGGGAAGGUGGGGGAGUGUCUGAAGUUGGUUGCUUGGGAUAUGGGUGAGGCCCCAAGGAGCUGGGGAUUGGGCUGUACCCCUGUUACUGCAACCUGGGGCCCUGCGUUUCCUCUGGAAAAGCUGAUCCCUGUUUCGCCAUCACCUCUCAGUCUGAGUCCCAGGAACCCUGCACAGGCCUCUGCAGGGCUGGACAGGCCGUGAAAUCUGACAGCCGGGAGGUUUGCAGCAGUUUCUAACCCUCCCUCCCCUGCUUCUUCCAGGAGGCACCACAAAAGCAUCUGGUCCCUCUGGGAAAAGAGAGAGAAGCAGCCAAAGCCGAGGAGGAGCGGCAAAGCGAGGAGCUGUUGAAACAGACAGAGGCUGAGAGGCAGAAAAUUGUCUGGGAGUGGAAGGAGCUGCAAGGGUUUCUGGAGGAGCAGGAGCAGCAUCUGCUGUCCGGGCUGGAAGAGCUAGAGAGAGCCAUUGUCCAGAAAAGGGAUGAGGGUGUUUGCAGCCUGUCCUGGCAGAUUUCCCUGCUCAGCAAGAGGGGAGGAGAGAAGGGGCAGCAGCCACUGAGCCAACCCCUGCAGGGUGCUGGGAGCACUGGGGCAGGUGAGUCUUGGCCUCCAUUUCCCUCCCCCCUCAUGGGCUGUUAGGUUUGAUAACUGCGCUGAAUAGGAAGCUGCCCCCUGCCCUUGGAGCAUGUGAUUCUGUCUCCCCUAGUGGCUGACUCAGUGAGGACGGGAUGUUUCGGAAGCCAGAGCUGUCGUUUGCAGAGCUGGAGAAGAGACUCAGCGAUUUCUCUCUGUAAAGUGCCAUGCUGCGGGAGGUGCUGCUGGGAUUCAAAGAGAUGCUGCGACAGGAGCUGGGGAGCGACACAGCCAUCCCAAUGAUGAUUCAUUUCUGGGAAACAUCCUCAGCAGAAUUAUUUGAAGGUGUUGCACCGGAGAGUAAAGGCACAGAGGCAGUGGCUUGUGGGAAUGAGGACGGCAGAGUAAUGCCCACCUUUGGCUCCAGAUUGUCCCAGCCUCCCAUGGGGCAGGGAAGGGAACUGGCUGUAGUGGAGCCAGUCCAGGGGCCAGUGACCUUCGAGGAGGUGGCUGUGUAUUUCACCAGGGAAGAGUGGGCUCUGCUGGACCCCUGUCAAAGAGCCCUCUGCAGAGACGUCAUGCAAGAGAACUAUGAGGCUGUGACCUCACUGGCAGGUGAUGGAAUGGUAUGCGACAAAGAGGAGCAGAAUUCUCAGCAGGAAAAUGUUGAGCAAGUGGAUAAACACAGAGAAUUAUCGCAAAGACCGAAAAGGAAUGGUCCAGGAGUCAUGAGCAGGGAAACUCCUGUGAGAUUCAGCACAGAGCAGAAAAAGAGCACGGAAACCAUCCAGGGGAGAAAGUGGGUAAAUGUAUUUCCUAUCGGGGAAUUCAGAGGGACCUCACGGAAACCACAACCCAGCAGGAAAUCCUCAUGGGAAAGAGAAAAAAUGCAUGCACUGAAGGUGGGAAAAAUUUAUGUGACUACUCAGUCCUUAUAAAGCAUCAGAGAAACCACACAGGAGAGAGGCCCUUUGAAUGCUGUGAGUGUGGGAAAUGCUUCACUCAAAGAUUAGACUUUUUUCACCAUCUGAGAAUCCAAGGAGGAGAGAGGCCCUAUGAAUGCAGUGAGUGUGGGAAAAGCUUCACUAGCAGCUCACAUCUUAUUAGGCAUCAGAGAAUCCACACAGGAGAGAGCCUUUUUGAGUGUCGUGAGUGUGGGAAAUGCUUCACUAAGAGCUCAUCACUUUCUGACCAUCAGAGAAUCCACGCAGGGGAGAGGCCGUAUGAAUGCAGUGAGUGUGGGAAAAACUUCACUCAAAGAUCAGGCUUUUUUCGCCAUCUGAGAAUCCACAGAGGGGAGAGGCCCUAUGAAUGCAGUGAGUAUGGGAAAAGCUUCACUAGCAGCUCAUAUCUUAUUAGGCAUCAGAGAAUACACACAGGGGAGAGGCCCUACGAAUGCAGAGAGUGUAGGAAAAGCUUCACUAGCAGCUCAGCCCUUUCUGAACACCACAAAAUCCACACAGGGGAGAGGCCCUACCAAUGCAGUGACUGUGGGAAAACCUUCAGUCGCAGCUCAAACCUUUUUACCCAUCAGAGGAUCCACACAGGGGAGAAGCCCUAUGAAUGCAGUGAGUGUGGGAAUACCUUCUCUUGGCACUCAGCCCAUGUUAGUCAUCAGAGAAUGUGCAAGGGAGAUCAACACCAUAAAAAUCUCUAGGGCUAUCAAUACUUUCUUUUUCUUUAAUAAUUUUCCUGACUCCCACAUAGUAACUUUGAAGCUAUUUGAACUGUUUGCAGCACCGUUAUCCCUCAACUUGUCCAGAUGAAUGGCCCAUUUCUGCCUUUUUGCAGUUUGCCCUGUUUUGAGGUGGACCCAUUUGUCCUUUCUAUCAACUCCAUUGUCUCAUGAGUAAUUCUAGUGUGCCCUUUCUAUCAGGAACCAGGGAGCAUCACAUUUAUGCCAUUCCUUCUAUUGCAAAGUUGUUAGUCACCAAUGAUUCAGAUUGUAUCAUUGCUAGUUGUUCUCAUGUUGCUUUGGGUUGUGCUGAAGAUAUAAUGGGAACUUUUCAAAUUAUAUGUAAAUGAAGAGGAGAAGAGGUAGGAAAAUAAGUGUUAUUUCAGCCUCUGUGACACUGGAAGAGUAUGAGGUGACUCAGAGAUUCCCUCCUUCCCCAUCACUGCAGAACUGUUACCUUUUGUCUGAUCCAUGUAGAGUUUAUCUUCAUCACAUUCUAUCUGUCCACUUCUCAAAGUGUCGUGUGAUGAAGAAUUCUCCAUUGUCUGUGCUUGGAGAUGAUGCUUUGACUUCUUUAAUCCUAUAUCAGAGUUGCUAUGACUGGAGAUGAAACUGUCAAAGACAUGGAAGGGGAAUUCAAAUGGAUCCCAAACACAGUGUGAUCAUUGGGAGUUUAAAUCCCAGGUUCCAUCUGUUGGCAAGGUGGCUGUUAUGUCCCCCAUUAUUUGGAUGCUAGGAUAUUUUCAGGUCAAUAAGCCAUCUAAAUGCUGGUCUGUGCUGAAAAGCUAUGUUGGCAGAGCCACAUCUCUUAUGCGUGUGAAAAGUCCUCUCCACUGAGAGUAGUAAUGUGACCUGAGCCCCAGUGUAGACAGUGUUAGGUUGUCAGAAGACUAUUUCCAGUGUUCGAAGUGUAGACAUAGCCUUAGACAGAUUGAUCCCCUCUGGAAAGUGAGUCAUGACAUCAAUUCCAAUUUUGACCCAUCUCCCUAUAGGUGAGAAAACUACUAGUAUGGAGGGCUAAACCAGCUGUCCGAUCGCCUGGUUCCUCAACUGUAGCUACAACUCUUAGUACCCCUGAAGGCAAAGACUGAGAGAAAUGGAGCAUUCCAACCAUUGUCAUUUUAUACAAACAAAAUUGGUUGUUCCUCUCUUUGUUUUUUGUGCUGGCCUUUCUGUUCUCUGUAUAGCUCAGCGCAUGUGUGACAGAAGCUCAUUGGUGCCAAUUCGCAAAGGGGUUACUGUUAUUCACAAGCAACUCCUGUCUCAGACCUGACAAACUCGCCACACCGAAUACACUGCUUUCAUGAUAUUUAUCCAGGAAGCAUAGCAGUGAGAUCUCUACUGAAAGCUUGUAAAUUAUUGAUACUCCUAAUCACUGUGAGGUGUGUGUAUGUGUCAUAUUUAAGGAGUAUUGUAAGUACAUGGAAAAUUAUGCCCAUAUGAUAUUGUGAAAGUGAGUCACCCCAAUCAAAGGUCUUGGAGGGGACAGCCCAUUCAAGUGGGAGGGAAUUGGCACCUGUCCAUUGCUAGCCAGUUAUGUGAUGUAUUGCUGCAUUGUCAACCUUUGCAUUAAUCCAGAAAAGCCAAUGGAAAACCAUCAAAGACAAACUAGCGACAUUGAAACCCUGUGGAAGUGUCAAGGACAAUAUGAGAAUGAGGAGAGCGUCCUUUCUGUGAAUAAAGAUAAAAAGACUUAUUCAGUUCAUAACACGGUGGAGAAAAACAUUCUGAGUCCAUUCACCAAGGAGAUUCUUAAUGACCAGUGGUGCUUCAUGAAAGGCAGGGCCGUGGCUCCUAGGGACUAGCAAUCAGUGAAAUUGACUGAAGUGUGAGGUGAGAAUCUACUUAGAUAGGAAAGGUAACUAUUUAAAAAUAUAGGUUUCAUUUUCUAAUUUUGUUUAGUUGGUAACGGUUGGUUUCCAUCACUCACAUUUGUUUCUGUUUAAAUCCCUAUCCGUUGUUAAAUAAAUUUGUGCUUGUUUGAUAAUUGUA